CCACUAUCUCAUUGUCCCAUUUUUUAGGGUAUUUCUCUCUCUGAGUCUCAUUCACUCUCGCCGGUCGGUGUAUUUUCCCGGAAAAUUCCGAUUUUCUGAUCAGAUUCCCGACCGCGAGUGUUUCAUUUUGCCAGAGAUUUUUCAAACCCUUCAAUCUUGACCGCCUCCAAUCCAAUCCAAUCCAAUCCAAUUUCUUGUAGCUCCAUUUCCCGGGCCAUGGCCAAUGGCUAAGCUGUGAUUUCUUGUCGAGGUUUUCUGAUUUCCGAUUCUGAAGGCGUCUUUCUUUUCUGUUUAUUGAGGAGAAAAAUAAGGGCUGCAUAAGAAGUCCGGAUAAUAAAUUGGUGUUUGAUUAAAGGCGACGAUGGCUAGUCAGGGCGGUUCUUCUAGAAGAAGUCUGUCAUUGACGAACACAUCGUUGCAGGAUAAGAAGAAAUCCUCUGACGGUAUUAACGGAGGCCCUGAAUCAGCCCGUAAAUCUUUUUCGGCUUCUCGUUCCGUGGGGCUAACUGGAGAGCGUACGGUAAAACGCCUGAGGCUAUCAAAGGCUCUGACAGUACCUGAAAAUACCAGUAUUCAAGAAGCGUGUCGUCGAAUGGCUGCUCGUAGAGUUGAUGCUUUGUUGUUAACUGACUCUAAUGCAUUGCUCUGUGGAAUACUUACGGACAAGGAUAUAGCAACAAGAGUAAUUUCUCGUGAGCUUAAUCUUGAGGAUACGCUUGUUUCUAAAGUUAUGACAAGGAACCCGAUAUUUGUUCUUUCUGACACUCUCGCUGUUGAAGCCCUUCAAAAAAUGGUGCAAGGAAAAUUCAGACAUUUGCCUGUUGUUGAGAAUGGAGAGGUCAUUGCUUUACUUGAUAUAGCAAAGUGCUUAUAUGAUGCUAUUGCUCGAAUGGAAAGGGCAGCUGAAAAGGGAAAGGCUAUUGCUGCUGCUGUGGAAGGUGUUGAAAAACAUUGGGGCACAUCUACUUCUGGUUCCAAUACAUUCGUUGAGACACUUCGGGAGCAGUUGUUUAGGCCAUCCUUGUCCACAAUUAUUCCGGAAAGUUCAAAGGUUUUAACAGUUUCGCCAACAGAUACUGUUUUGAUGACAACAAAGAAGAUGCAGGAGAUGCGAGUAAGCUCUGCUGUUGUGACAGUUGAUAACAAGCCACGAGGAAUUCUUACUUCAAAAGAUAUCUUGAUGCGGGUAAUAGCACAAAAUCUUUCUCCGAAGGCCACUCUUGUAGAGAAGGUCAUGACUCAAAAUCCAGAAUGUGCCACAGUUGAUACACCAAUUGUUGAUGCGCUGCAUACAAUGCAUGACGGAAAAUUUUUGCACCUUCCCGUAGUAGACAGAGAUGGAACUGUGGUUGCUGUUGUUGAUGUAAUUCAUAUCACUCAUGCUGCUGUAGCUACUGUCGGAAAUACUGCUGGAGUCAGCAAUGAGGCCGCAAGCUCUUUGAUGCAAAAGUUUUGGGAUUCUGCCAUGGCCUUGGGUCCACAUGAGGAAGAUGAGGAUUCUCGAAGUGAAGGGUCAUUGAAGUUGGCUUCUGACGGAGCAGAGACAGGGAGAUCGCUUCCCUUUCCAUCGGCAAAUUUUCCUAAUACAUUUGCUUUCAAACUUCAAGAUAAGAGGGGUCGAAUGCAUAGAUUUACUUGCAAUAUUCAGAGUUUGACAGAACUUAUAACCUCCAUUGUUCAGAGAAUGGGAGAUGACAUUGACCGCAACAACCUUCCUCAAAUUUUGUAUGAAGACGAAGACCGUGAUAAAGUUAUAUUGGCAUCAGAUAAUGAUCUUGUAGCGGCUGUGGAACAUGCAAAGCAAGUUGGUUGGAAGGGUUUGAGACUGCAUUUGGAUUAUUCAGGAACACGCGGUCGCCGAAGGGGUUCAGCUGGAGGAAGUAUGGAUUAUGCUUAUGCAGAUUCUGCAUGGUCAUCAGCAUACAGUACCGUUGCAGCUGGGGCUGCUCUUGUUGCCGGAUUAGGCGUUUUAGCGUACUUGAAGAGAUCUGGCAACUGAUACUAUUUCUGUUUGAAGAAGCCUAGAGCGAUUUUCCAAGAGCUCAAUGGAAUUGGCUGGGAGGGCAUAACUUGUGCUUCAUACGUCCUUUUAUAGAAACUAUACCACAUACACAAGUGAAAUUCAAUUCUUCGUUUUCUAAUUAUUGCUGAAUUACAUGCUUGAUUGUCUCUGAUGCGUACUCACGCAACUUCAUGAACUUGUGUAAAAAUUAAACGCUGCCACCUGAAAUGUACAAGUUCUUGAAUUCGGAGGAUUUGGAUUGAUUUUGUCAUAUCGAACAAGUGGUUUGUUAUGUUGUUAGAGUGUCAAAACAUUGACAGUGUGUUCAUACA